AUGCUAGCUAGAUCGGUACUGUCACAAUCUGCACGUUGUGCUGUCUCACAAGCUAGAGGAUAUGCUACUUUGAAAGAAGUCGAAUUACGUCUAAAAUCUAUUAAAAAUAUUGAAAAAAUUACGAAGACUAUGAAAAUUGUGGCUUCAACAAGAUUAUCAAAGGCUCAAAAGGCUAAAGCUGCCGCUAAGAUGAUUGAUGUUGCAGAUGCAACUUUUUAUGAUGUUGCAAAGACUAAAGAUGUUCCAGAACCUGAACAAAAUCCAAGACAUUUAUCAAUUGCUAUUACAUCUGAUAAGGGGCUUUGUGGGUCAAUUCAUUCUCAAUUAGCUAAAGCUGUAAAACGUAAUCUAGAAUCUUAUCCAGAAACUGAUGUUGUUGCCAUUGGUGAUAAGAUUAAAAUGCAAUUAUUAAGAUCUCAUCCUGACAACAUUAAAUUAGCAUUCAAUGGUAUUGGUAAAGAUGCUCCAACAUUUUACGAAAGUUCUUUGAUUACUGCAAAAAUUUUACAAGAAUUAGAUGCUAAAAAUUAUUCAAAGAUUACUAUUUUCUUUAAUGAUCCAAUAUCUUCUUUAUCAUUUGAACCAUCUACAAAACCAAUCUAUAACUCUGAAACAAUUCAAACAUCCCCAGGUUAUAACAUCUUUGAAAUCGAUCCAGAAGGAAAAUUACCAACUGAUUUGUUUGAAUAUAGUUUGACAUCUCAAGUAUUAUCUGCAAUGGCUCAGGGUUAUGCUGCUGAAAUUUCCGCAAGAAGAAAUGCAAUGGAUAACGCCUCUAAGAACGCAGGUGAUAUGAUUAACAGAUACUCUAUCUUAUACAACAGAACCAGACAAGCUGUCAUCACCAACGAGUUGGUCGAUAUCAUUACAGGUGCAUCCUCUUUGGAUUGA